AUGGGGGAGAGGAGGAGGGCAGGUGAGAGCAGAGGCUGCUCCCCUCCCACCCGGGCCAGCACGGAGGACAGCGAGAACAGAUUGCUCCGGUCCACACCUUGGGAAGAAGCAUGCCACUUCCUGGAAGGGCGCCCCAAUGGAGAGAGUGGAGGGCUACUCCCGAAGGUGAACCUCAGCAGCCAGGGGAGGCCUACUAGCCUCUUUGUGAGCUGGGCAGCCCCGGAGCCAGGGGGGCCUGGCCAAGCCCUCCGGCUACUUCGCCUGAGUCCCCUCGGCUCUCCCGAAGCGCAGCAGCUCCAGGUCCGCACCAAUGCCUCCAGCUUUGAGUUUCAGGACCUGGUGCCAGGGAGUCGCUACCAGCUGGAAGUGACUGCCCUUCGACCUUGUGCACAGAAUGCCACCGUCACCCUCACCGCCCGCACUGCCCCAGCGACUGUUCGUGACCUACAGCUCCAGAGCUCUGGGAGCCCAUCUAGCCUGGAGGCCUCAUGGGGUGCUGCUCUCGGGGAGCAGGAUGGCUACCAACUUCUACUCUAUCACCUGGAAUCUCAGACACUGGCACGCAAUAUCUCCGUGCCCCCGGGCACCCUGUCCUACAGCUUUGGCAACCUCUUGCCAGGGAGCGAGUAUGUUUUGGAGGUUACCACCUGGGCUGGCAACCUUGAAGCAAAGACCAGCAUGCACCAGUGGACAGCCCCCGUGUCUCCAGAUCACCUGGAGCUGCAUGCCGUGGGCACCGGUGCCCUGCGAGCCUCCUGGAAUGGCUCAGAGGGUGCUGCCUGGCUUCACCUAUCACUCACAGACCUCCUGGGUGGCACCAACCUGACUGCAGUGGUCAGGCGAGGGGUCUCCAACCACACCUUCCUUCACCUCUCUCCGGGCACCCCCUAUCAGUUGACCCUUACUGCUGCUGUCGGGCCCCAUCAGGCAAUGGGGCCCAACGCCACCGAGUGGACCUAUCCCUCUGCCCCCCUGGAACUGGUGCUGACCUCCCUGCCCCCGGGGCUCUGGGCAAGCUGGAAGGCUGGGCCGGGUGCCCGGGAUGGCUACCUGCUAAGGUUAAGUGGGCCGGUGGAGAGAAAUGCCACUCUGGGCCCAGAGGACCUCAACGCCACAUUCCCAGGGCCCCUGCCUGCUGGAUACUACGCUCUGGAGCUGAAGGUUCUGGCUGGGCCCUAUGAUGCCUGGGCCCAGGCCAGUGCCUGGCUGGAUGAUUCUGAAGCCCAGUCCAGACAAGGCCAUGAUGCCGCGCUGCAGCUGGACGGGCUGGAGGCCACCAGGGAGCCUGGGAGGAGGGCACUGCUCUACGCUGAAGGCACCCCAGGCCUCCUUGGAAAUAUCUCUGUGCCCUCUGGUGCCACCCAGAUCACCUUCUGUGGGCUGGUGCCUGGGGCCCGCUACCGGGUGAAUAUUGCCUCAUCUCAGGGAGUUAUCACACAGAGCCUCACGAGCCACACAAGGCCGCUGGCCCCGCAGUCAUUGGAGGUUACCAGCAGGGUCAGCCCCUCUGAGCUGGCCAUUGGCUGGUCCCCGGCACCAGGGCAGCGGGAAGGCUACAGGGUCACCUGGCACCAGGAGGACAGCCAGAGGUCACUGGGCAGUCCUGUCGACUUGGGCCCGGACAACUCCAGCCUGGCUCUGAGGGCUCUGGUACCUGGUUCCUGCUACACUGUGUCCGUAUGGGCCUGGGCAGGGAACCUCAACUCCAGCAUCCAGAGGACCCACGCCUGCACUGUCCCGGCUCCUCCUGCUAACUUGAGCCUGGGCCUUGCCCCCCAGCCUCCUGCCCUGAUGGCUUCCUGGAGCCCCCCACCGGGGGUCAGGGAUGGCUUCCGGCUGCGGCUUUACCAGCUGAGGCCCCUGACUCUGGUAGCCGAGGAGACCCUGACUCCGGAGGCCCAGAACUUCCACUGGUCGCAGUUGUCCCCGGGCACCAAGUUCCUGGUGCGGCUGGCCACCCUGCGGGGUCCGGAUGAGAGCAGCAGUGCCAACGCCACGGGCUGGACACCUCCCCUUGCCCCUCCUUUGGUCAGUGUGACCAGUGAAGGCCCCACCCAGCUCCGGACAUCCUGGGUCCAUCCUCCUGGGGGCCGGGACAGCUACCAGGUGACUCUGUACCAGGCUGGUGUCUGGGCAGGCAGCAGCACUGUGGGACCCGAGGUGGACAGUACCAGCUUUUCGGCUCUGACUCCGGGUACUAAGUACGAGGUGGAAGUGGUCUCCAAAGCUGGGCCCCUCCAUACUGCGGCAGCCAACGCCUCCGGCUGGACCUCCCCACUCUUGCCCAACGAGUUGUUGGUAUCGAUGCAGGCAGGCAGUGCCGUGGUCCACCUGGCCUGGGCCAGCGGCCCCUUGGGGCAGGGGACGUGCCACGCCCAGCUCUCAGAGGCUGGGUACCUCUCCUGGGAGCAGCCCCUGAUGCUCGGCCAAGCCCACUUCAUCCUGAGGGGCCUCACACCUGGACGCAAUCUCUCCCUGUCGGUGUUAUGCCAGGCGGGCCCACUCCAGGCCUCCACUCACUCCGUGGUUCUGCCUGUUGAGCCUGACCCCGUGGAGGACGUGCAGUGCCAGCCCAAGGCCACCCACCUGGCCCUAAACUGGACGGUGCCCACCGGGGACGUGGACAUCUGCCUCGUGGUGGUGGAGCAGCUGGCAGUGGGAGGGAAUACUCACCUCGUCUUCCAGGCCAACACCUCUGGGGAUGCUGUCCUGUUGCCCAACCUGGUGCCUGCCACUUCCUACCGCCUCAGCCUCACCGUGCUGGGCAGAAAUGGGCUGUGGAGCCGGGCGGUCACCCUGGUGUGUGCCACUUCUGUGGAGGCCUGGCACCCCCCAGAGUUAGCUAUCGCCCCCCAGCUGGAGCCUGACACGGGGAUGGGAGUGGUGAUCACACGGGGCAUGUUUGGCGAGGACGAUGGGCAGAUCCAGUGGUAUGGCGUCAUUGCCACCACCAACAUGUCAUUGGCUCGGCCUCCCCGGGAAGCCAUCAACCAUACCUGGUAUGACCACUGCUACAGAGGACAUGACUCCUACCUGGCCAUCUUGCUCCCCAAUCCCUUCUAUCCGGGGCCCUGGGCUGUGCCAAGAUCCUGGACAGUGCCCAUGGGUACCGAGGACUGCGGCCAGACUCAGGAGAUAUGUAAUGGGCAGCUCAAGCCAGGUGUUCAGUAUAGGUUCAGUGUUGCUGCCUUUACCAGGUCCAGCCUUCCCGAACCCAUUGUCUCCUUCUCAGCCUUCUCAGAGCCCCGGGCCAGCAUCUCAAGGGUGGCGGUGCCCCUCCCUGUGGUGGCAGGCAUUGUGGUGGGCUGCGUCUUUACCAUCUGUAUCGUUCUGGGCUUGCUGUGCUGGUGGCGAGCGAAAGGGCAGAGGGCCCAGAAGAAUCAAUUUUCCCAAGAGCUGACUGCUUACAACCUGCGGAGGACCCACCGGCCAAUCCCAAUCCAGAGCUUCCGGCAGAGCUAUGAGGCCAAGAGUACUCAUGGCCACCAGGCGUUCUUUCAGGAGUUUGAGGAGCUGAAGGAGGUGGGCAAGGAGCAGCCCAGACUGGAGGCCGAACAUCCUGCCAACGCCACCAAGAACCGCUACCCGCAUGUGCUGCCCUAUGACCACUCUCGGGUCAGGCUGGCCCAGCUGGACGGAGAGCCCCACUCUGACUACAUCAAUGCCAACUUCAUCCCGGGUUACACCCACCCGCAGGAAUUCAUCGCCACCCAGGGGCCCCUCAAAAAAACUCUUGAGGACUUCUGGCGGCUGGUGUGGGAGCAGCAGGUCCACAUCAUCGUCAUGCUAACAGUAGGCAUGGAGAACGGGAGGGUGCUGUGUGAGCAUUACUGGCCGGCUGACUCCACCCCCAUCACCCAUGGCCACAUCACUGUUCACCUCCUGGCUGAGGAGCUCAAGGAUGAGUGGACCAAGCGCGAAUUCCAGCUGCAGCACGCCUCUGAGCAACAACGGCGGAGGGUGAAGCAGCUGCAGUUCACGACCUGGCCUGACCACAGCGUUCCUGAGGCCCCCAGCUCCCUGCUCACCUUUGUGGAGCUGGUGCAGGAGCACGCGCGGGCCUCCCAGGGCGCGGGGCCCAUCCUGGUGCACUGCAGUGCAGGCGUGGGCCGGACAGGCACCUUUGUGGCCCUGACAAGGCUGCUGCAGCAGAUGGAGGAAGAGCAGAUGGUAGACGUGUUCAACGCUGUGUACGCGCUCCGGCUGCACCGGCCCCUCAUGAUCCAGACCCCGAGCCAGUACAUCUUCCUGCACAGCUGCCUCCUGAACAAGAUUCUGGAAGGGCCCUCGGACACCUCAGAGUAAUCCCGGCCCAUCUCGGUGAAGAACUUCGCACAGGCCUGCGCCAAGAGGGCGGCCAACGCUAACGCUGGCUUUUUGAAGGAGUACGAGCUCCUGCUCCAGGCCAUCAAAGAAGAGGCUGGCUCUCCGUCGCCCCCUCCUGGCCACGAGCAGCACAGCAGCAUCUCCUGUGAGCAUGUGCACUUGCAAUUUUCUCCUCUGGAGGAGAGUCCCCCUGACGAGCUGCCUGAAGCCUGGCUCUUCCCUGGUGGGCCUUCUGGCCGCGACCACGUGGUGCUGACGGGCUCUGCAGGGCCGCAGGAGCUCUGGGAGCUGGUGUGGGAGCAUGGGGCCCAUGUGCUGGUCUCCCUGUGCCCCCCUGACAUGCAGGAGAAGCCCCAGGAGUUCUGGCCCGCAGAGACACAUCCCAUUGUCACGGAUAUGGUGACUGUGAACUGGGUGGCUGAGAGCAACACAGCAGGCUGGCCCUGUACCCUCCUCAGGGUCAUACAUAGGGAGAGCAGAAAGGAGAGGCAGGUGCAGCAACUGCAGUUUCCAUCCUGGGAGCCUGGGCAUGAGCUGCCCGCCACCACCCUGCUGCCCUUCCUGGCCGCUGUGGGCCAGUGCUGCUCUCGCGGCAAGAGAGAGAAGCCGGGCACGCUGCUCAGCCACUCCAGCAAGGGUGUGGCCCAGUUGGGCAUCUUCCUGGCCAUGGAGCAGCUGCUGCAGCGGGCAGGGGCUGAGUGCACCGUGGACGUCUUUAACGUGGCCCUCCAGCAGUCACAGGCCUGUGGCCUAAUGACCCCAACGCUGGAGCAGUAUAUCUACCUGUACAACUGUCUGAACAGCGCACUGGUGGAUGAGCUUCCCUGA